AUGGCCUCCAACUCGGAUCGCCUUCGUGCGCUCAAGGCCUUCGACGACACCAAGGCCGGCGUCAAAGGCCUCGUCGAUGCUGGCGUCACCACCAUCCCCUCCAUCUUCCACCACCCACUGCCCAUAGAGCACACAGAUCAUGAUCACCACUUCACCAUCCCGGUCAUCGACCUCGCGGCUGCCACGGGUGGUACUACAGCCACACCAUCCAAGCGAGCUGAGUCGGUUGCGGCGGUGAAGGCGGCCGCAGAGACGAUGGGCUUCUUCCAGGUGGUGAAUCACGGCGUGCCCAAGGCGGUCAUGUCGGAGAUACUCGCGGCGGUGCGGGGAUUCCACGAGGAGCCGAGGGAGGCCAAGGCACCGUACUAUACGCGUGACCUUGGUCGGCCCGUGAGGUACUGGAGCAACUUCGACCUGUUCCAGUCACCGGCGGCCCAGUGGCGCGACACCUUGUACAUGCAGACUACGCCGGAGCUGCCGCAACUGGAGGAGAUCCCACCCGCGUGCCGGCCCAUCGCGCUGGAGUAUGCGAGGCUGAUGCAGCAGCUAGGACGCACCCUGCUUGAGCUGCUGUCGGAGGCCCUGGGCCUCGAUCCUGGCCACCUGGAGGAGGACGCCGCAUGCCUGGAGAGGCUCGCCGGCCACUAUUACCCACCCUGCCCAGAGCCGCACCUAACACUGGGCACCACGCGCCACUCCGACCCUUGCUUCCUCGCCGUGCUUCUCCAGGACGCUGUCGGCGGCCUCCAGGUGCUUCUCGAGGAAGACAACAACAACAACAACUACAACAACAACAACAACAACAACAACAACAAGUUGUCUGCUGUGUGGGUAGAUGUGCCGGCGGUGGAAGGCGCGCUGGUGGUGAAUGUCGGCGACUUCCUGCAGAUCGUCUCCAACGACAGGUUCAAGAGUGUGGAGCACCGCGUGGUGGCCCAGAGCGCCGGGCCUCGCGUCUCCGUAGUCUGCUUCUUCCGAAGGCAGGACGCGGCCACGUCCACCAGAGUGCUAGGGCCAAUCGUCGCUGACGGCGAGGCGCGCUUCAGGAGCACGACGAUGGCGGAGCUGAUCCGGCACAACAGGGCCAAGGGCCUCGAUGGCACCUCUGCGCUGCAGCACUUGAGGCUCUGA